CGAUCGUUUGUAUCAACAGCAUGAUGACGACGGUUGCAAUUGAAUUCUUGUCGCUUCCGACAGAGCUGAUAUGGCGUAUUCUAUCCUUUCUUACUCCCAGGGACCUUUGUCGCUGUGCAAUGACGUGUAAAAUUGUACGGAAUGCAGCUCAGAAUUCUAUCCACGUCCAAUACAAGCUUGAGCUUUAUGCUCAGGGCUUUACCGAGACAAGAAAUCUAGACUCGAUCGAUGUUGACAGCAGGAUGUCCUCACUCAAGAGAUUGGCAACCUUAUGGCCAUCUGUCUGCCACGCCAGUACUAUUUUCGAAGAUACAGUGCGUGUCGGGAACCACUUAUUAAAGGUACGCGACAUGAAAUGCGGGAUUUGGUGGAUGUGGGUCAAUGGCAAUAUCUUCAUUCGGGACUGCAACACAAAUAUCAAACUCUCUCAUUCGUUCCCCAUACACGAGCAGUUCUUCCAGGAUCGGUUGCCGAGGUUGGUGAGAGCGCUCGUCGUCGAUCCUAUUCAGGAUCUUGUGGUCGUAGUCCCCUUUCCUGAUCUAUGCAUCGUGACCGGUGCCGAGCAAAAUCGCCAUAUCUUUUCGGUGGAUUUUCUGUCGGCUUCAUCCCUGCUGCCACAUCCAGAUUCCUUGGAUGCUUCUUUGAUGUGCCAACAUUCUUUUGAGGAAUUUGGCCAUUACCGCGCUGCUUUAACGGAGGAGCCUGUGAUAUGCGGGGAUCGUAUAGUUGUUUUCUAUUGCAUGAUAUCUCAUCCACCAGGAAUAGUGAGGCCCAACCUGUUUAUACAAGUGAUAGAUUGGAGGAAAGGGCAAGCGAAGAGUCAUCCUUUACGUGAAGAUGUUGCGGGUUUCCAUCUAGUCGACGAACAGAAGUUUAUUGUCAUCGACACCCAGGGCAUAAUAACUUUGUACACAUUAGAAGAACAUGGCUCACCUCUGCGCCGAGUCAUGUAUCGCCUUCAGGAAUCCGUGCGUGCGCCGUACUACCUAUUUCAUGCCACCCCAUCGUUCUAUGGUGCAACAGCUUGUCCGGACCUUGAACCCGGCUACGUGCCCUCUCCGGAGUCACAAAUAAUUGUUUUGGAGACUCUCACAAACGCAUGCCCUGUUAUUCUAAUCAUCGAUAUGGUCAUCUUCUCAGGAAAAGUCUUGCACUCAGAGACGCCUGUCGAAGUUCCCUGGACGGAGUGGGGACCCCAGUAUACGUGCUGCUUUCGGCAUCAUCCAAGCUGCCAAAUCAGCGUGUUUGGCAGCAAAAUAGCCUAUGCUCUUCCUCGCUAUGUUCAUCCUUGGGAACUCAACUAUAAAGUCGGAAGAAGGCAAGCGCUCGGCGAUCAUGAUCGUUUUUAUGUGCACAUCUUGGACUUCAAUCAACGAGCCAUCGCUCGUGCGGAAAAUAUUUACGACCCCGACUCACCCACCCACUUUAUAUGCAAGCCUUCUGAUUAUUGUCAUGCACCCGCCAUUUCGACUCGUCCUUACAUCCUUACCGUCUGUCGUGCUCGAUUUUCGCCUAUCUGCCUUUCCGGUUUAUUCUUGGAACACGAUCGACUUACUCUGACAUGGUCGCAGAAUGGCACGGUUCAUAUUCAGGUCGUUUCUCCUGUACGGGUGGACCUCGAUUCGGAUCUUGUGCACUAG